AUGACAUACGACGUCUUCCUGAGUUUCAGAGGCGAGGACACGCGAUUCAACUUUACUGAUCAUCUGCACAGUAAUUUGACUCGGAAGGGAAUUAGAACCUUCAUAGAUGAUGGUCUUAAGAGAGGGGAAGAAAUAUCACCGGCCCUUCUCAGAGCGAUCGAAGAGUCGAAGAUUUCCAUCAUCGUGUUCUCCGAAAACUAUGCAUCUUCGAAGUGGUGCUUGGAUGAACUGGUCAAGAUCCUUGAGAGUAAAGAAACAAGGGAGCAAAUAGUUUGGCCUGUUUUUUACAAGGUGAAUCCGUCGGAUGUACGGCAUCAAAGGGGCAGUUUCGGUCAGGCACUUGCUGACUAUGAAUGCGAGUUCAAAGAUGACAUGGAGAAGGUGCAAAGAUGGAGGAGAAGUCUUACGAAAGCAGCCAAUCUGUCCGGAUGGUGUUUCGUCAAUGGGCAUGAGUCAAAAUUUAUUGACAAUAUCGUUGAAGCGAUUUCAUUACAAGUAUUAAAUGAUGCGUAUUUGGAUGUAGCAAAGUACCCAGUUGGAAUAGAGUCUCGUGCGCGCGAGAUACAUAAGCUUUUGGGCGUUGGAGGAAACGAUGUUCGCAUGGUAGGGAUAUGGGGCACUGGUGGAAUAGGUAAGACAACAAUUGCUAAAGCUGUUUAUAAUUCCAUCGCCCAUAUGUUUGAAGGUAGCUGUUUUCUAGAUGAUGUUAGAGAAAGAUCAAUGCCGUAUGGAGGCUUAGUCAAACUACAAAGUAUUCUUCUUUAUGAGAUUCUAGGGGUGAAAGAAGUAAAGGUGACCAAUGUUGACAAAGGAAUCAAUGUGAUAAAGAAAAUGUUGAAUGGUAAGAAGCUUCUCUUAGUUCUUGACGAUGUGGAUCAAUUGGACCAAUUAAACAAAUUAGUUGGAAGGUCUGAUUGGUUUGGUUCAGGCAGCAGAAUUGUUCUAACGACAAGAGAUAAGCAUUUGCUAAUUGCUCAUCAAGUCAAUCUAAUAUAUGAGGUUGAGAAGUUAGAUCAUUAUGAGUCCUUAAAGCUCUUCACCAGUUGGAAUUCAUUUUCAAGAAAUGGACACUUAAAAGAUGAUUAUGCGAAACUUGCAAACAAUGUAGUAGACUAUGCUCAAGGUCUUCCAUUAGCUCUGAUGGUUUUGGGUUCACAUCUAUGUGGUAGAAGUAUAGAUCAAUGGAAAUAUGCAUUAGAUGGUUACAGAAGAGUUCCUAACUGA